GCCUGCCAUACGUGGGGGUUGUUAAUUGUUGUCAUGACUGAGGGUCUUCUUCCUAGUAAUAUCAGCAGGAAUUGACCUAGGAAUGUCACUAUGUAGUUGAGGGUGUGUGUCCAGAAGUCUCUUUUUGGAAAAGGGUGUGGCUCCCAAGGGGAGCCGGAUUAAACGGUACUGAAUUGUCGUCCCUGAAAGGCCGAGGGCGAUUACUUCUUCUCGGUCUUCUUGGGCAGGAGCACCGCCUGGAUGUUAGGCAGCACACCUCCCUGGGCAAUGGUGACGCCGGAGAGGAGCUUGUUCAGCUCCUCGUCGUUGCGGAUGGCCAGCUGCAGGUGGCGGGGGAUGAUGCGGGUCUUCUUGUUGUCGCGGGCCGCGUUGCCGGCCAGCUCGAGCACCUCGGCGGCCAGGUACUCCAUGACGGCCGCCAGGUACACGGGGGCGCCGGCGCCCACGCGCUCGGCGUAGUUGCCCUUCCUCAGGAGACGGUGGAUCCUGCCCACGGGGAACUGCAGGCCGGCACGGCUGGAGCGGGACUUUGACUUCCCCUUCACCUUUCCUCCCUUGCCGCGUCCAGACAUGUCGACAGUGAGUGGUGGGGGCGUGGACUUGCGCUUCUGCUGUGGGCUCGGAGAGCGAAUACCUGCCGCUCGCGGCUUUUUCGCCCUAUAUAGUGCAGCGCAGGAUCGGAGGGCGGGGACGGCCGGGCGAGCCUGCCAAUGGGAGCGCGUGCCGCCACGCGUCCCCGCGAUCCCGAGGGAGCGGCGCCGCCAUAAAGGGGGAAUCCGGGGGCGGCCCGGCAACAUUCGCUCGCCGUCUGGGAACGAAGAAGCAGACAUGCCCCCCAAAGCAUCAGGAAAGGCCGCCAAGAAGGCCGGCAAGGCCCAGAAGGCCAUCGCCAAGGGUGACAAGAAGAAGAAGCGCAGGAGGAAGGAGAGCUACUCGAUCUACAUCUACAAGGUGCUCAAGCAGGUCCACCCCGACACCGGCGUCUCCUCCAAGGCCAUGUCCAUCAUGAACUCCUUCGUGAACGACAUCUUCGAGCGCAUCGCCGCCGAGGCCUCUCGCCUGGCCCAUUACAACAAGCGCUCCACCAUCACCAGUCGGGAGAUCCAGACGGCCGUCCGUCUCCUCCUGCCCGGUGAGCUGGCCAAGCACGCCGUGUCCGAAGGCACCAAGGCCGUCACCAAGUACACCUCCUCCAAAUAAGCAACCCACCAACUUGCUUGCACUGGAAAAGAACCGGCUCCAUCGGAGCCACAAA